AUGAAGACUUUCAAAACUCGACUCAUCGAGGUUGGUUGGUCUCUUCCUGCUGAUUCCAUCGGACACCUUGUAAUGGAUAAGUUUCCGGCCAGUUUGGAUAACAUCGCCAACGUCAUUACUCACACCGGGAAAGAAAUCACUCUAGACACGGUUGUGGAUCACCUCAGACUCCAUGCGCACAACCUCGAAAGUCGAGCUAUUGGAAACGGUACCAAAUCCGAUCCAAUUACUCUCUUCACUGACAGCUCCAGAAGAUGCAAGCGCAAUGCGCAUAACACCUUGUCCUCUCACUCCGAAUCCAACUGUUGGAUGUUGCACCCGGAAUUGCGACCUGCCAAAAAGGACUCCGCCAACAAAACCGAGGCAACUAAUACAAAGACCUAG